CGUGCAGAUCUUCCCAGAAAUUUUCCCAAAGUAGUACAUCUAGAAGCUGGACCCCUGUAAAGGUGACCAGGCACUGCAAUAGCAUCAAAACUGUCAGAUUUUUCAAACAUGUCUCAAACGCCCUUCCCACCAAGGAGACCUGGCUUCAAGAUAUGCUAUAUCUGUGGCAGAGAAUUUGGGUCACAGUCUAUUUCUAUACAUGAAUCCCAGUGCCUAAAGAAGUGGCAUAUUGAAAACGAUCAACUACCGAAGCACCUUAGAAGACCAGAGCCCAGGAAACCUGAGGUCCUUCCUGGUGGUUCCUAUACACUUACAGAUGAAAAUGAGGCGGCUUAUCAGAGUGCUCAAGCUCAACUCGUACCCUGUGGAAACUGUGGCCGAACCUUUUUUCCUGAGCGUCUUCCUGUGCAUGAAAGGUGUUGCAGAGGAGGUAGCAGCGCUCAUAAAUCUGGUAAAGGACCAAGAUCUGGAGCUGGCUCAGAAAGAUAUGAUCAAUCUGAGAACCAUCAAGGAAUGAGUGGGACUGCAUCAGCUGCGCAGGCAAAAGUGAUAAAACGACCACCAACAGUGAUUUGUUACAUAUGUGGUCGUGAGUAUGGAACAAAAUCUAUUAGUAUUCAUGAACCACAAUGCCUGAAAAAAUGGCACCAGGAGAAUGACAACCUACCCAAGCACUUGAGAAGGCCAGAACCUAAAAAGCCUGAAGUAAGAAUUGUGCAAGCCAAAGGUUUCUAUGAUCUUGAUUCUUUAAAUGAGGCAGCCUGGAGCAGCGCCCAGACCCAGCUAGUUCCAUGUGAUAUUUGUGGGCGUACUUUUCUUCCAGACAGACUGAUCGUCCACCAGAGGUCCUGUAAACCAAAACCUGCAAAGUGAAGUGGAUGUAACACACAUACAUACAAAUACACGCCUGCUAACACACAAACACGCAUCAAUAAAAUGUGUGUGUGUGUGUGUGUGUGUGUGUGUGCAUGAAGGCACACGCAUGCACCCAUACCUUUCAGACAAACCACCAGAGAAAUAAAAUUCAGCUGAGAGGCAUGGCCAUCAAAACUGU